AGCCAUUUUGUCUGUUCAUGCAAGUCCACCCCUCACGUUCAAGAACUGCGUUCCCACUUCGAAAUUACCCGAAAUAUUGUAUUUAUAUCGCUUUAUUUAUACUAUGUGGUACUUUAAAACGGAUUUAAAAAAUCCGUUUAAUAUUAAAAGAUCGAAGAGGACAUUUUCUUCGAAAUAAAUAUCGUAAUUUGUGUUGUGCGCACGGAUAAUUAAAGGUUAUGUCGUGCGAGGAAAGCUACUUAGCCAUCAGACGUUAUCUGUCCGACGAGCGGGAGCCGUACGCCCCAGGGACCCAUGGAAAUACUAAAAGAAAGAUUCGUAAAGCAGCCGCUUGUUAUGUCGUGCGGAAUGGCACACUGUACUACCAGAGAAGGCAGAAAGGCCUGGAUGAAUUCACCGAGUUGGAAGUGGUGUUGCAGGCAGGACGGAGGAAAGAACUUAUCGACGAGUCCCACAUUGUCGCCGGAGGAGAGCACCUCAACCAGCAUCACACUUGGGAAUCCAUUUCUCAGAAGUAUUGGUGGAGAGGUAUUCUGAAGCAGGUGAAGGACUACAUGAGACAAUGUAGCCAGUGCCAGAACAGACAGGACAGGAGGGGGCUACCGGAGGACGAUACCGGACCCAGACUGGUUGGCCGACCGGGGAGACGCAGGAGGGUCACAACCCCAGCCAGCGAGGAGGAGGAGGAGGAGGAAGAGGAGGAGGAGGAGGGAGACAAUGAGAUGGACAUUGUGACUUCCAUCCAUCACAAGACCCGGAGCCCCAAAACAGUAGCCAAACACGAACUGGUCUUUGUGGACAGUAAGGGCGUGGUGAAGCAGUACCUUCCCAGACACGGUCAGACGAUGCUGGACAAGCUGAACCAGCAGCGCCUCAACAACCAGUUCUGUGACAUCACGCUGCUGAUCGAGGGCGAGGAGCACAGGGCUCACAAGGCUGUGCUGGCUGCCUGCAGCGACUACUUUAAUGAGCUCUUUAUAGAGAAGGGAGCCGUGUCCAGUCACGAAGCGGUGGUCGACCUCUCAGGUUUCAGCAAGGUCAGUUUCCUCCCCCUGCUAGAGUUUGCAUACACCUCUAACCUCUGCUUCAACUUCUGUGUGAUGGCCGACGUCGCCACGCUGGCUCGACACCUUCUGAUGGCAGAGGUCCUUCAGAUCUGUGAGUCCGUCCACAAGAAGGUAGAGGAGCAGAAGCUCAUGGUCUACCAGCAAGGAGACAUCCACACGGUGGUGUCCAGCCAACCUGCACCCCAACAGGCCCUGAAUGAAGACCCCGGGGCCUACAUUAUGACCAUCGGGAGCGACGGCCAUGCCGUGGUCACUCAUACCGGGCUAGCUGGAACAGGGGACGACCUGGACUCCUUGGCUGUCAUGACCCACACAGCAGAGGCCUUCAGAGGGGAUCUGACGUCUGUAGUCACCCAGGCUCUGGGAAGUGAACCAGAGGAGACUAUGACCGUGGUUGGGGAGGCUGGGUCAGAGACGGUGACUCUAGUCACCCACAGUAGCCAGGCCCGGGUAGGCGAGUCGGUCACCCUCAUCUCCCCUACUGGAGAGGCAGAGACCAUGACGGUGGUGACCCACAGGGGCCAGGCUGGAGCCACUGAGUCCCUGGCUGUGGUGUCAGCGUGUCUGGCCCUAGAGCAGCAGCCGCAAGACGGGGACGAGGGAGAUGGGUCUCCCCUUUCCACGGAGCCAGGGGCCUUCCUCAUCAGUGUGGACCCAGGGAAGGUGGCCCCUACAGACGUGGUCCAUCUGGCUGUAGUGACACUAACACCACAGGAGAAUGUGUCAACAUCGUCAUCAUCAGCGUCCCAGAAGGCAGAGCCAGCGUCCCAGGCCUCCCCCAAGCCUCCCCCUGCUCCACAAAUCCCCAAGAGGAAGAGAGGGCGUCCUGCCAAAGUCAAACAGGAAGUUGUGGAGGAGCCUCCUGUUGAUGAGGUGGUGCCAGAGCCAGUCUCUACUCCUGCAGAGGAGAUGCAGGAAGAUAUGCAGGGGACCCAUGACCCUUACAAGAGACGCCUACGGCAGCGCUCUGUUGGGGAGGGGGGGUACGUUAGACUACACAUGGGGCUGGAGAAGGACAGCGCCCCAGUAUCCACACAGCGCCCCAACACCCCCAAGAAGAGAGGCGGACUCGCUAAGAGGCCAGUUAAAGUGAUUGAGGCCGCAUCACUGGUUGGGAUGGAGACCGUUAUCCAGACAGACAUGGAGGAGAUCCUGUCAGUGGAGGGCGUGGCAGACGGAGCUGAGCCUAUCACAGAGCAGGCUGUGGGGGAGUGGCCAGAGCAUGGCCCUGCCCAUCCAGAUAGAGGGAGUGAGGUGGCGGGAGAACACGCCUGUUCAGAGUGUGGACUGUCGUUUCACCGACGCUACGCUCUCAUCAUGCACACACUCAAACACGAGAAGACCAGGCGAUUCAAGUGUAGUUUGUGUAACAAGGAGUUCCAGUACGCUGCCUCUCUGAAGGCCCAUCUGACCAGACACAAGCACCAGAAGAGUCAGAGGCCCACCCUGGUCAGGGUCCCCCAUCCCCACGGUGAAGAGGGCCUCGAGGUGGACGGCAGGGCCAAGGGACGCACCAAGAGAGAGUUUGUCUGUGACAUCUGUGGAAAGACUCUUCCUAAGCUGUACUCUCUGAGAAUCCACAUGCUAAACCACACUGGGGUGCGUCCCCACUCCUGCAGGGUCUGUGGGAAGACGUUUGCUCAUAAACACAGCCUGAAGAUGCACAGAGGUCUUCACGACGCUGUUAAACAGUUCCACUGUUUGCUCUGUGACAAAUCCUUUGUUAGUAAGAGAAGUCUGGAGGAACACACCAGUAUUCACACAGGUGAAUCGAAGUAUCUCUGUACCCAGUGUGGGAGGUCGUUCCACCGAGCCUCUGGUCUGAGUAAACACUUAAAGAGACACCAGCCCAGACCUGACGUACGAGGCUUUCCCUGUAGUCACUGUGAUAGAAGUUUCUUUGAGGCCAAAGACCUGCAGCAGCACAUGAACAAACACCUGGGACUCAAACCCUUCCAGUGUCAGAUUUGUGGGAAGUCUUACAGCUGGAAGAAGGACUGGUACUCCCAUGUCAAGUCCCACAGCGUGGCAGAGCCUUACAGGUGUAACGUCUGCGGUAAGGAGUUCUUUGAGAAGGCUCUGUUCAGGAGACACGUGAAGAAAGCCACGCAUGGCAAGAAGGGCAGAGUAAAGCAGAACCUAGAGAGAGGGUGUGAACAUUGUGGCAGAAAGUUCACCCAGCUCAGAGAGUACAGACGACACAUGAACAACCACCAGGGAGUCAAACCAUUUGAGUGUCUGACGUGCGGCGUAGCGUGGGCCGACGCCCGCUCUCUGAAGAGACACGUACGCACCCACACGGGCGAGCGCCCUUACGUGUGCCCCGAGUGCCAGGAGGCCCACAUCGAUGCCCGCUCCUUACGGAAACACAUGACCAAAUACCACGGCGACCUCUUGCCAGGGAAGAUCAUGCUGGAGAAAGAUACGCUACAGUUCCACAACCAGGGUACUCAGGUCGAACACGCCGUCUCCGUCCUGGGGUCCGAUCUCCCCCACGAGCUCCGGCCCGUCCAGCCGCCGCCGGACGAGGAGAUCGAGACGGUGCUGAUCACGGAGGAGACCGUGGAGGCAGUAGAAGCGGUUCAGGCCGUACAGGGUGACGGGGUCGCGACCUUGUCGGACCAGAGUAUCAUGCAAGUGGUGAACUAUGUGCUGUCCCAGCACAGUGUGCUGCCUGGGGGGGUGAAGAUGGAGGGAGAUGAAGGGCAGGAGGUAAUACAGACCGUGGAGCAGCAGGAGGUAAUACAGACCGUGGAGCAGCAGGAGGUAAUACAGACCGUGGAGCAGCAGGAGGUAAUACAGACCGUGGAGCAGCAGGAGGUAAUACAGACCGUGGAGCAGCAGGAGGUAAUACAGACCGUGGAGCAGCAGGAGGUAAUACAGACCGUGGAGCAGCAGGAGGUAAUACAGACCGUGGAGCAGCAGGAGGUAAUACAGACCGUGGAGCAGCAGGAGGUAAUACAGACCGUGGAGCAACAGGAGGUAAUACAGACCGUGGAGCAGCAGGAGGUAAUACAGACCGUGGAGCAGCAGGAGGUAAUACAGACCGUGGAGCAGCAGGAGGUAAUACAGACCGUGGAGCAGCAGGAGGUUAUACAGACCGUGGAGCAGCAGGACAGAGAUGGAGGGCAGGAAGUUACACAGACCGUGGAGCAGCAGGAGGUAAUACAGACUGUGGAGGUGACUCACAUGGCAGAGGUGGAGUGAUGUGACAGACGGUACCUAGUCGACUCAGUCACCAGGACCAGCGUUUCCCAAACUCGGAGCACGUUUUGUUUGUUGUUCUUAACACUACACAGCUAAUAAAAAGGACCAACUCUUCAUGAAGCUUUGAUCAUUUAAAUCAGCUGUGUAGUGCUGGACCAAAAACCAAACAUGCCCCCCCCCCUUUUGGCACAUUUGUAACAGCCAUUUCCUGCAAUCUAGAGCAAAAAAAGGCCUUGUAUGAUAAAUAAAGUUUAAAAAAAGAAAUUGUUUUCUUUAAUAUUUUUUAUUUUAUGUAGUGGCGCUGUUAGUCCACAAGGUGGCACUGUGCCCCCUCUUUUGCAUUCUUUGGGGAGAACCCUGUAGUAUCCCUGAAUCAGGUGGUCAGGUCCAGUGACUAGGGCUAUGUGGUUACUCUAUCCUCUGUAGAGUACAUUACUGUCGACCAUGGGCCCAUAGGGCUCUGAGUGGGCCACUAUGUAAGGGGGUAAGGGGCCAUUUGAGAGGCAACUCCGGGAAUGCUAAUCAUAACACCUCCCCCUGGUGGAGUGACUGGUAGACUGCUUCCUCGACAGAGAUGGGACUGUGUGGAGUGACAGGUCAUCUGGAAUCCAGUACGACACAAAGGAAAGUUGUCUGUGUUGUUAUUGGACAGAUUGAGGUACUGCCUGGCUGUUUUCGUCCUGUUGGAUCAGGCCACUGGCUCUGCCUCAACCCAGGGACCCUUUACCGUCCUUUUCUCUACAGUGGGACAGAAAGUACCGAGUUGACUUUAUUUUGACUAUGUACAUUGAAUGAACUGAGGUUUGACUUCCUGCCUCAGUCUUGUGUAUAAUGUGUAAAUACUGACAAUCAUUAAAAUAUUCUGAAUUAA